AUGGCAUCGUCGCAAAAUACAUGCAUCAACAUGGAACCCACUACAAAGACUAAAAUCGGCUUCUUCGACCUUCCACCAGAACUUCGCCACGAGAUAUACUCCUACCUCUUCGUCAGUAGACACGACACGGUGCUAACAUGCUUCGGACAACAACCCAUGUACCAAGGCUACGCGUACCGACGACUGGAAUCUUACAUUCCCGGCUAUGAGGAUCUGCGGACAAUCAUGUUUCUCAAGAAAGCACGCAGUCUGUGCCACCAGAUGAAAUGCGAGGUCGACGAAUUCUUCACCAGCAAGCAUGAAUUCCAGGGGAUGAUGGCGCAUGGUGCCACGGGAACGAAGGGGCUCCGACAAUGCGUCUCUCACCAUAUCUGGCGACAGGCACGACAUGUGGAUUUCGAGUACUAUGUUGAGUGGGGCGUGCUGGAAGUAAGGAGUAGCCGCCUUACGCUGACGAUGGACAAGCAGACCGGGCGGUGGGCAUGUCGACUAUAG